UGAUGUUACGUUUUGCGUCGAGGCAUCGAGGCGUGUGUCGAGUAUCUCGGCUCCUCCCCCAGCGAAGCUCCGCUUCGAGUAGGAUUCACGUUGGCGAAAUGACGUAGGGUGUGACGUUCGAGGCUUCGCCUCGGGCUUCUGCUUCGAAAUAUGGGUUCAGUAUUGGCGGGAGAUUUCGACUAUAAAGAUGUCCCGUAUACGAUCACAACCUUGUGGUAUAUUCAAUAUACCACUAGUCUGUGAUCGUAGUAGUUUGAGCAUUGCAUUUUCUGUAGUAUCAAUCGAAACAUCACGUUCAUUAUUCAUCAUGGAGUUUGCCAAAAAGAGAAGGUUUUCCCCUGUUUGGGAGCAUUUUAAUCUAGUUGCUCCCAAUAAGGUUUGCCUAUUCAUACGGCUAUUCAUUUUAAAGCAUGGUUUGGCAAGAAGUAGCGUAAUGUUUUUUAAUGUUGUCUUUUGUAUUGGUUGUUUUUGUUUGUAUAGGUGGAAUGCCUAAUCUGCAACAAGCUUCUUGGAUAUAAUAACAAUACAUCUUCCAUGUUGAGGCAUUACCGUGCCCUUCAUGAGAAAGAGGAGACAACCACAGCACUUGCUGGGACUUGCACAGGUGCGUUUUGGUAUUCUUUGUUAUGCAUGAUGCAUUAUAAGUGGGCUAUACCAUAAGGUUACUACUUGUUCACUUGUUUUGUCUCUUUUGCCCAGCUUCCAGGAAAAAGGUACUGGACGAGGCCUUAGUGGACAUGGUGGUGAAGGAUUGCCAGCCUUUUACUGUGGUCAACGACCAGGGAUUCAGGGGGCUGGUACAAUUACUUGACCCUUCAUAUGUUCUGCCCACCAGACAGGCUUUAAAGGCCAUGGUGGAGGAACGCUACCACCAAGGCAAAAGGGAGGCCAAGGCCCUUGUUCAGCAGGCUACUGCAGUCAGUCUUACGUCUGAUAUGUGGACAUCCAUGAAUAUGGAGGCCUACCUUGCAGUCACCUGCCACUUUAUUGCAGAUGGUGUGCUGAAUACCACACUGCUUGGGGUUCAGCAUUUCCCACAGAGCCAUACAGCCCAUAACCUGGCUGAAGCUAAGGGUGCCAUUAUGGAGGAGUGGGGCAUCAGGCACAAGGUGACUUGUCUUGUUACUGAUGCAGCUUCCAACAUGCUUGCAUGUGGCAGGGAGCUGCAGAUGAAACAAGCCAUCUGCAUAGCUCAUGCCAUCAACCUGAUGGUAAAGAAAUCCUUGGAUGACACCCCUGGACUCGAGCAGCUGCGUACAAGUGCCAGGAGAAUUGUAACACUCUUUCGGUCUAGUACCACUGCUAAGGAAAGUCUAGCCCAGAUGCAGCAAUGCAUGGGAAGACCACAGCGUAAGCUGCUGAAGGAGGUGGAGACAAGGUGGAACAGCACCUAUAUAAUGUUGGAGAGGCUGCACUCAGAGAGAGAAGCUGUAAGUGCAGCUAUGGCUUCUCUCCCUUGUGAAGUCACCAUGUUGACUCCAAUGGAGUUUACCAUAAUUAAGGAGUGCCUUGGUGUGCUUGGCCCAUUUAAUGAGGCUACCAUUGAAUUAUCGGAGGAAAAGAGGGUGUCAGCCUCGAAGAUUCUUCCACUAUUGAAGAUGGUCUCAAUAACCCUCGGUGAACAGCUUGGGUCCAUCCACACUGACAUGGCCCAACGUCUCACCAAAUCAAUACAACUGAAGUUAAUGGAAUCCCUUAGCCGCUCCCAAAAGACCAGUAUCCUGACCCUCCCUACUCUCCUGGACCCACGGUUUAAAACUCUCGGCUUCCUCACUCCAUCCAAGGCUGACGAAGCUGUGAAAAGGCUCACCACUGAGUGUGGUCAAGUGAUAAGUGAUAUACAGUCCGCCUUUGCCUUCUUAAUUCCCCUCCUCAGGUCGGCUCUAGCAGCGCUGUACUGCUCUCUGUCUCCAGACCUGAAGGCGGAGUUGCGGACCUUGAGGAGCGUCCGGACCUGGCUGGUCAUCCAGGGCUUCUGCUGUACGGCUGCGUCGGGGAUCUACGGGUGA